GAAGCAAUCACAACGGUUAGUUCAAAUGGAAGAAAUCCUAUGAAAGAAAGCAAUCACAACGGUCGUAUACUCGCAUCCCAAAUAUACAGAGAGCGAUGGGUAGAAAGAAAACCGUGGAAAAUGGCCAAGAUAAUCCGGUGAUCUUGACGAAUAAAAGAAAGGGAGUUGGUCUAAGGAAAUCAGGGAAAGAUGUCCAGGAGAAUCUGACGACUGUGAAGAAGAAAAGAAAGGGACUGGGUGAAACGAAAACAGUGAAAGAUGUCCAGGAGAAUCUGACGAUUCUGAAGAAGAAAAGAAAGGGAGUGGGUGAAAGGGAAACAGGGAAAGAUGCCCAAGAGAAUCAAAGAUGUGAUAAUGAAGGAGGAUCUGGUUUCUUUGCCUGCUAUUUGCUCACUUCCCUCUCCCCUAGAUUCAAGGGUUUCACUUAUAUCGGAUUUACAAUCAACCCACGGCGUAGAAUAAGGCAGCACAAUGGGGAAAUAUCCAGUGGUGCAGUGAGGACCAAGCGUAGGCGCCCUUGGGAGAUGGUUUUAUGUAUUUAUGGCUUCCCCACACAUGGAUCAGCAUUGCAGUUUGAGUGGGCGUGGCAACACCCAAGAGAAUCAUUAGCUGUAAGAGAGGCUGUUGGGUCCUUAAAAACAUUAGUAGGACUUGGCAGUAAGAUCAAACUGGCAUACAUGAUGCUCACUUUAACCUCAUGGCAAGGGAUGAACCUUACUGUAAAUUUCUUCUCGACCAAGUACACAAAGCAUGCUGCUGGGUGCCCUAAUCUGCCAGAACAGAUGAAGGUCCGAGUUUGUUCUAUGGAUGAUCUGCCUUGCUAUUCAGGGAUUAAUUGGGAUUCAUGUGAGCAUGAUGAUGAUGAGUAUGCUAAUGAUGAUGAUCAUGAUGAUGAUCAUGAUGAUGAUGAAUGUGAUGGAAUUGGUGGCACCCAAGAAUCUGCUUGCAGCCAGAGUUCUGGUAAUGAAGAGAGAAUCGAACAAAAUGCUUCCUGGGAACAUGAUUUGAUGGAACAAUUAAUUAUUGAAAAUCACAAAUGGGAGCAAGAAAAUAACAGGUCUUCCAGUUUCACUGACUUUCAUGGGGCAUCAUCAUCUCCAUUUCUUUUCAAAUCUAUCAAUAUAAUCGGCAACAAUAAAGAAGAUGAUGAACCUAGUUUUGUUGAAACCAAUAAGUUGCCUGAGGAAAUAGUAAUCGAGGAUCAGAAUCCGUGUUUGGCUACCGAUAAUCAUACUUGUGAAGUUGAGAUCAUAGAUAUAUGUACUCCUCCUCCUUGCAAAUUCAGGAGUGAAAGUGACAACAUAAGGUUUUCUUCAGCUUGUUCUGAGUUAAUUAUCGACUUGACUCAAUCUCCCAUUUUUGUGUGAUUGUUAUUCUUUUUAAGUUGUAGCAGCAAUACCAUUACUAAUAAACAAACUGGAAACAUGUCUUGUGUUUCUCAGUUCCUGCAAUUUUAUAGUCUUUGUAUCCUUUCCUUCCGGAUGUAUAAACAAAAAUAGCCUUUGUGUCCUUAAAGUAUAUCUUUUCAAUUGAUUUUUUUUGUUUCUUCAUUUAUAUUG